GGAAGGAGUCGUGAAUAGAUCCGAGUACGCCCUCAUGCUUCGGAGUGGUGCAGGAACGGGAAGACUCGGUUGCUUCUUAAUGCCUUGUGGAAGUAAAACAGCUAUUUUGAAGACUAGACUUUAAGGUUCCGAUGACUCCCUAUACAUAUACACCCCUGAAUCUACUUAAGGAAGGUACAAUUGCCAAUGUCUAUGGUGUUGUGAAAUUCUUUAAGCCUCCAUAUGUCAGCAAAGGGACUGAUUAUUGCUCAGUCGUAACAAUUGUGGACCAGACAAAUGUGAAGUUAACGUGCAUGCUCUUUAGUGGAAACUAUGAAGCCCUUCCGAUCAUUUAUAAAGUUGGAGACAUUGUUCGCUUCCACAGGCUGAAGAUCCAAGUAUAUAAAAACGAGCUUCAGGGAAUCAACAGCUCUGGUUUCGCAUCUUUGACAUUUGAAGGAACUUUAGGGACACCUGUCAUAGCACGUACCUCAAGCAAAGUUUUUAGCUUCACUCCUCAGGACCAAAAGAUGGUAGAAGCUCUGCGGGCUUGGGCAUCCAGGCACAUGUCAGCCUCUUCAACCUUAGUGCAGCUGUGCGAUGCUCAGCCCAUGCAGUAUUAUGACCUGACCUGUCAGCUGCUGGGGAAAGCACAACUGGAUGGACCAGCAUUUCUUCUGAAGGUAUGGGACGGAACCAGGACUAUGUUUCCCUCUUGGAGAAUCUCCACUCAAGAUCUUACUUUUGAAGGGGACUUGAGUCACAUUCUGCGGCUACAGAGUCUGGUGAUAGACAUUCUAGUCUAUGAUAACCAUGUUCAAGUGGCAAAAUCCCUCAAGGUUGGAAGCUUUCUUAGAAUCUAUAGCCUCCAUACCAAGCUUCAGUCUGUUAAUUCAGAAACCAGCAGUUCACCCUUAAGGCUGGAGUUCCAUCUCCAUGGAGGGACCAGUUAUGGUCGGGGAAUCAGGGUUUUACCAGAUACAAGCUCUUGUGUGGAUCAGCUGAAAAAAGAUUUAGAAUGUGCGAAUUCAGCAGUCACUCAGACCUCAAAUAGUAUCUGUCAGUCAAAAAAUGAGGACAGCUUUGCACUUUCAAGCUCAGUAUCACUGUAUGAGGAAGAACGAUGUCAGCAAGUCUCUGCUACAAUACUUACAGAUCACCAGCAUUUAGAGAAAACACCAUUGUGUGCCAUUUUGAAGCAAAAAGCUCCUCAACAGUUUCGAAUCCGUGCCAAACUGAGGUCGUAUUUGCCCAGAAGACUUUUCCAGUCUGUUAAACUUCUUUGUCCUAAAUGUCACUCAUUGCAAGAAGUUCCACAUGAAAAUAAUUUGGAUAAAAUUUUGCAAGAUGCUGCAACUGAAGCUCUAGACAUCAAGCUGAAAGAUACGUCAUUGUAUGAGUCAAAAGUCUGGACCACUGAAGGCCAGGGAGGACGGCAGGUCGCUGUUCAUUUUGUGAAAAAUGAUAACAUCCUCCCACUUUCAAGUGAAUGUCUAAUUUUGAUAGAAGGAGGAAGGCUCUGUGAAGUCUCUAAACUAUCCAGCAAGUUCCACAGUGUGAUCCCUGUGAGGUCCGGCCCUGAGGAUCUGGAGCUCCUCGACCUUGCAGCCCCAUUCCUCAUACAGGGAAAGGUGCAUCACUAUGGAUGUAAACAAUGUUCAAGCUUGAAACCUAUACAAAACCUAAGUUCCCUUCUUAAUAAUGGACCAUGGAUUCCUUCCUCUGUGGCAGAAGUGCUGGGCAUUGUGCCCCUGCAGUAUGUGUUUGUGAUGAUUUUCACUCUGGAUGACGGAACAGGAGUAUUGGACGCUUACCUCAAGGAUUCUGAAAACUUUUUCAAGAUCUCAGCAUCAGAAAUCCUAACUGAUGACAACCUUCAGAAGAGUCUGGAAACAAUCAUGGAUAUGAUAUGUACCCCAGGAAUAAAAGUUGAUGCGUACCCAUGGCUAGAGUGCCUCAUCAAGUCCUACAAUGUCACCGUUGGAACAGAGCAGCGAAUUUGCUACCAGAUUUUUGACACCACAGUUGCUGAAGAUGUAUAGUGCUACCGUUCAGUGCAGUGUGUAUGGGAUUUUACAAUUUUAGAAAAGGUCAAGACUCUCUGAAAUUCUCAGAAGACACUUUGCUGUUGUCAAAAAGUGUUGUAUACAUUUUCACUAUUUCAUCAUUUGUACAGAAAAAUAUUUUAUUGUUAUUUAUGCUAUCUUGUGAACAUGUCAAUAAUCACUUUUUGCUUAUCAUGUCCUGGGAGGUACAGAAUAGGUAGCACUGAUGGGGAGAAACCAGGCUUUCUUGGCUCUUGUUUAUAAAACACUGGGAGCUAAUUUUCCUUCUGUGCUAUUUGAUGUUUUUAUGUACAGAAGAAUCCUCUUAGCAACUUCUGAUAGCAUUUUCCCUCUGCUUCCACACAUGAGUCCAGGUUAACUGAGUGCUAGUUGGACAAAGUGCUUGUCUCAGUGAGCCUGAGUAUACUAAAAGGAGGCUUUGCUUUCAGAAGACAUGACAGAAUGUUUUGUCUGGGUGCGCUUCAUGCCCAUUUUAGAAUACAUGUAUCUCUUUGAACCAAAUAGUAUGAUUGACUUUCUGCUUCUCUCUGGAAUACUAGAAGUUAUUUCAUUCCAUACCAGCUAAUAAAGUGAUGAAAUUUAUGAUUUUUUUGUGAAAUAGUGAA